GUGGUCAUCGUAUCACAGGAGUACCAGUUGUAACAUUUUCUUCAAGAAGAUUAACAAAUAUCGAUAAUCUUAAUAAAACAUGUUCAGUUUACUUUUGGAAACGGUGAAAUAAUAUAAUGUGGGCAGACGACGAACCAGCACCAUGGGAUAUAGAAGAAACUCCAGAGGAACAACCCGGUGAAGAAGCUGCUGCAGAAGGAGCUCCAGCAGAGGGACAAGCAGCUCCUGGUGAGAAACCAAAAAUCAAAUUAGAGAAAAUAGAUCCACCACACUACAAUCAUCAUUGGGUUCGUCCUCUCUUUCUAAAUUAUGCAUAUCUGUACGAGUAUAGAAAAAAUUAUUAUGACGAUGUGAUUGAUUACCUGAACCGAAGGCAGAAAGGCCUGUUUCGAGAACCGCCUAGAGCGCAAGAAUGGGCUGAACGAGCAAUGAGGACUUACGACAUGAAGAAUACCGAUAAGAGUUUCAAACGAUCUGCAGACAUGAAAUAUAUCAUUAAUAUGAGACAUGAACCCAGAUAUUACAGCUAUCAUACUCGAGCAUAUUAUAGCUUAAAGUACCAGAAAAUUUUGUAA